AUGAUUCGUAUGUCAGCUCUCCAACAGGAUUCCUAUGUCAGCUCUCCAACAAGAUUCCUAUGUCAGCUCUCCAACAGGAUUCCUAUGACAGCUCUCCAGCAUGAUUCGUAUGUCAGCUCUCCAACAGGAUUCCUAUGUCAGCUCUCCAACAAGAUUCCUAUGUCAGCUCUCCAACAGGAUUCCUAUGUCAGCUCUCCAACAGGAUUGCAAAGUCAGCUCUCUAACAAGAUUCUUAUAUCAGCUCUCCAACAAGAUUCCUAUAACAGCCCUCCAACAAGAUUCUUAUAUCAGCUCCCCAACAAGAUUCCUAUGUCAGCUCUCCAACAAGAUUCCUGUAUCAGCACUUCAACAGGAUACUUAUGUCAGCUCUCCAACAGGAUUGCAAAGUCAGCUCUCCUACAGAAUCCUAUGUCAGCUCUCAAACAGGAUCCUAUAUCAGCUCUCCAACAAGAUUCCUAUAUCAGCUCUCCAUCAAGAUUACUAUGUCAGCUCUCCAACAGGAUUGCAAAGAUUCCUAUAUCAGCUCUCCAUCAAGAUUCCUAUGUCAGCUCUCCAACUGGAUUGCGAAGUCAGCUCUCCAACAAUAAUCCUAUAUCAGCUCUUCAACAGGAUUCCUAUAUCAGCUCUCCAACAAGAUUCCUAUGUCAGCUCUCCAACAGGAUUCCUAUGUCAGCUCUCCAACAGGAUUCCUAUGUCUGCUCUCCAACAGGAUCCUCUGUCAGCUCUCCAACAGGAUUCCUAUGUCAGCUCUCCAACAAGAUUCGUAUGUCAGCUCUCCAACAGGAUUCCUAUAUCAGCUCUCCAACAAGAUUCCUAUGUCAGCUCUCCAGCAAGAUUCCUAUACCAGCUCUCCAACAGGAUUGCAAAGUCAACUCUCCAACAGGAUCCUAUGUCAGCUCUCCAACAAGAUUCCUAUGUCAGCUCUCCAGCAAGAUUCCUAUGUCAGCUCACCAACAGGAUUCCUAUGUCAGCUCUCCAACAGGAUUCCUAUAUCAGCUCUCCAACAGGAUUCCUAUAUCAGCUCUCCAACAGGAUUCCUAUAUCAGCUCUCCAACUGGAUUCUUAUAUCAGCUCUCCAACAAGAUUCCUAUGUCAGCUCUCCAACAGGAUUCCUAUAUCAGCUCUCCAACAGGAUUCCUAUAUCAGCUCUCCAACAAGGUUCCUAUGUCAGCUCUCCAACAAGAUUCCUAUGUCAGCUCUCCAACAAGAUUCCUAUGUCAGCUCUCCAACUGGAUUCCUAUAUCAGCUCUCCAACAGGAUUCCUAUGUCAGCUCUCCCACAGGAUCCUAUGUCAGUUCUCCACCAGGAUUUCUAUGUGAGCUCUCCAACAAGAUUCCUAUAUCAGCUCUUCAACAGGAUUGCAAAGUCAGCUAUCCAAUAAGAUUCCUAUGUCAGCGCUCCAACAGGAUUCCUAUGUCAGCUCUCCACCAGGAUUCCUAUGUCAGCUCUCCAACAGGAUUCCUAUAUCAGCUCUCCAACAAGAUUCCUAUGUCAGCUCUCCAACAAGAUUCCUAUGUCAGCUCUCCAACAGGAUUCCUAUGUCAGCUCUUCAACAGGAUUCCUAUGUCAGCUCUCCAACAAGAUUCCUAUGCCAGCUCUCCAACAAGAUUCCUAUGUCAGCUCCCCAACAAGAUUCCUAUGUCAGCUCUCCAACAGGAUUCCUAUAUCAGCUCUCCAGCAAGAUUCCUAUGUCAGCUCUCCAACAGGAUUCCUAUAUCAGCUCUCCAACAAGGUUCCUAUGUCAGCUCUCCAACAGGAUUCCUAUAUCAGCUCUCCGAAAGGAUUCCUAUACCAGCUCUCCAACAAGAUUCCUGUGUCCGCUCCCCAACAAGAUUCCUAUAUCAGCUCUCCAACAGGAUUCCUAUAUCAGCUCUCCAGCAAGAUUCCUAUGUCAGCUCUCCAACAGGAUUCCUAUAUCAGCUCUCCAACAGGAUUGCAAAAAUUCCUAUGUCAGCUCUCCAACAGGAUUUCUAUGUCAGCUUUCCAACAAGAUUCCUAUGUCAGCUCUCCAACUGGAUCCAUAUGUCAGUGGAUCUCAAAUGUGUUUCCAACGAUGAAAAUCUACUCAAACGGUUUGAUUAA